CAUCCUCCCUGCCCCCAAUCUUGCAUUUUCCUGGCCAGACCAAUCCCUUCUCUGUGUUAACAGGCACAUCUAGUCACAGAAAGAGCACGAAGCAGACAGGGUCCCUAAAAAAAGUGGAUAUUCAUUGUCUUCUGCAGUUUGGACAGUUGUGCAGGAAUCAUGUUUCAGCUGACAACAGGACGUUUGGGAAGUCUCUUGACAAAGCGCAUGAUGACGGUGGCAACUAGCACUAGCGCAAGGAUGUCAAGUCAUGGACAUGAGGUCUCGGAGCAAACCGAUAUGUCCUUGCCAAUGUAUUGGGACCGCACGGACCGCCCAUUGCCAGACAAACCGUACCAGGACACCCUUUCUGCGUCCGAGAAGAGCCUGAAACAGAAGGAAAAGGGUCCCUGGAAUCAGCUGUCCAAUGAGGAGAAGCUGGCCUUGUACAAGCUGAAGUUCAAUCAGACCUAUGCGGAGAUGACUAAGCCCUCCAGUGAGUGGAAGACUGUGAUCGGGGCCAUCUGCGUCUUCCUCGGCCUCACGGGCCUCGUGAUCAUCUGGCAGCGACAUUUCGUGUUCCCACAGCGGCCACGCUCCUUCGAGGAAGACUGGCAGGCAAAGCAGGUCCAGAGGAUGCUCGAUAUGCGUAUGAACCCGGUGGAGGGCUUCUCCGCCAAGUGGGACUACGAGAAGAAGCAGUGGAAGUAGAGCAGGGGCCUUCCCUCAGAGCAGCUCAAAGUUCUGACCUUCACCUCAACAGCCUUGUGACUUCAUCAGUAAACCACUGUCCACUA